AUGUGGGCAACGGCCUGCGCACUCGCCGUCUUGCGCCGACAGCCCGAGCACUAUGACCGUCUCGAGAAGGCGUGUGCCCUUGCAUUGGCACACGUUGACAGUCAUGUUUUCGAGUGUGCCAAGCACGCAAUGCCGCCCGUGCCUCUCUCGAUAGCCCCCGCAGGAGAAGCGAUCGAGUCGUGCUUCCGCAAGUCGAGCCACAGUCUCUACGCCGUUCCUGAAGUCCAAGACGUCUGGGCGCCAGCCCACGUACUCUACAUCCACACGACGAAGCCUCCGCUCUACGAUCUACAAUACGACGACGGCGGGCGGGAAAAAGUCUUGCGCGUCAACGGUCGUCACCUUCGGCGAUCUGGCGUCACGCGCCUCGAAACCUCCAAGUCGAUGCUCGAACACGUCACGACGCGAUGGCUCACGCCGGUGCCGGUCCAAGACGAAGUGGAACGUCCCCCCGAUACGAGCACCGUGCUCUGGAUUACCGCCGACACGAAGCGAGCCACAGCUUCGUCGUCACACGCAAAGUCUCGAGGACCUGCAGCCUACGCAGCCCCACGGACGCUGACGCCACUUGAAGCCGACGUCAUUGCGUCCAUCUUGCGACAUGAAAAGGUGCUUGCGAGUUUCCUUGCCAAAGUCGACGCCUGUUCCGCCUUGUAUACGUCGGCUCGUAUCUUUGGAGAGAAGAUCCACGCAUUCGAUGCAUUCACGCAGCUCGCUCCUGCGGUUGUCGAGAGCACCCUCGCUUGCAUUGAGCACGUCGUUGCACUUCAAGAGGUCCUUGCGGGCCCCGGGGUGCAGCACUAUGUGCCCUUUAUGUGGCACGGCCAGCCGUUCCUGUCGACGGUGCUUCACCAGUUUGAUCGCCUCCAAGGCCGCCACGACCUGGUGGACUGGUACGGCGUGGAUUUCUACUUUGAGUGCAACCCGUUCUUGAUGACGACGACUGUCGGCUGUCGAAAACGCUUGUGGUCCCGAGACGACGUGGUUCAAAAUGGGUCGUGGCCAGAAACCGCGUACUCGCCCGAGCUGCGCUGCGCCAUUGCAAUUGGCGAAGAGCACCUCUUGAAGCAUUGGCAGCGCAGCGAGGCCGUGCAUUCGUGGGUGUAG